GGUCUUCAAAAAACAAUUGAUAAACUCGAAAAAAAGUGGUCUGAGGCUGGCAUCCCAACGUGUGGGAAAAAAUAUCCGUUAAAAAAAUUUGAAAAAAUAUUAGAAGAAGACAAAAAAUUACAAAAGUCUUCUCAACGAAAACGGUCUGCAAUACAGAAAAAAAAUGAAGCAAUUUUCCAUCAAAAAUUGGCAAAUUUAUUCAACAUUGCCAAAGUAAAUGUCGAAAAAUAUCUCACUGAUGAUAAAAAGUUGUUCUUAUCAGGUCAGCGAUCAAAAAGUAGAUUCGGUUUGAUUGAUAAUGUUGUUCAAUUGAGCUCAGCGGAAAAUACUGAAGAUGCUAUGGACGUAGAGCCUGUUGAUACAAACGAACCUGACAAAGUUGAUCAAUCCAAUUAUAAAAGUGGAAUUGAGGAUGAAACUGUAGCAAAUACUUUAAUAGAAAAAAAAAAAAGAAAUUGUUACUUUCAUUAA